CUCAAAAGCAAAGAGCCCUCUAGUUGCCACAUUGCAAGGUGCCACGGACUAGCGGCUUGCGUCCCGGAAGUCCUCGUUCUGCCUCUUCUCCUGCUGCCUGCCUCAAGCACAUUUGUUGGCAGAUCGAUGCGUUCAUUCAACGGCAGUUGUUCCUUCAAUCAUUGGUCAAGGUGGGAGCGAGGAUGGCAAACAUUCAACAGCGGCCAGAGAGGCUCCCGAUAGUCAUACUGCAAGAGGCACUGACAAAUGACAAGGCAUAUAGAAAUCUACGCAUUGUGCAUCCAGUAGGUCCUCCGCCUGAUCCCGGUGCACUCCUCAUCUCUGAUCCAGCGGAAGCAAACGACGCGGAGAGGCUUCUGCAAGGGAUGGCGCCGGAUGGGGACAGGGUGCUCCACAUUGCUGCGAGGCUGGAGGAUGUGGAGCUAGUACGUGCCAUCUCCGUGACGGAGAGAUGGCUCAACGCGGUUGAUGCAACAGCGAAGAACAACAGAGAAGAGACUGCCCUACAUUGCGCGGCCGCUACGGGGAACGUCGACAUGAUCGGCGCCCUGCUCGCGCUGUUGGCCGAGCCUGAGCACGAUGACAGGACGAGGCAGCUGUUGAGAGAGCAGAAGGACAACGGGGAGACAUGUUUGCACGAGGCAGUGCGUUGUGGGAAAGAGGAUGCCGUGCGGAUAUUGGUCCAGGAGGAUGCGCGUGUCGUCCUCGGGCCCAACGACGGCCGUGCUCUGGUGAAAAUAACUGAUGAGCAGGGUGUUUCUGCUCUUUACUUGGCCACGAAACUGCGCCAGCUUGAGAUUGUUCAGCUACUCACCAAAGAACAAGAACCAGCCGGCACAUAUCCAGCAGCGUCCUACGACGGGCCUGGAAGAAAGACAGCUCUGCAUGCUGCGGUUCUCCUCGGCAAAGAUCUCAGCGAACAUCUCGCCAAGUGGAAUAAUAAGGAACUCAUAGGGAAAGAAGAUUUAUAUGGGAACACACCACUUCACCUUUUGGCAUCAACCAGUGACAAAAUUAUUGUGAAACUUCUUCUUGAUUUGGACGAGAGUGCUGGAUACCAUGCAGACUAUGAGGGAUCACUGCCCAUACAUGUUGCUGCUGCGAAUGGAAGCCUUGAAAUCGUCAAGCUCUUGUCUGAGCUUCGUCCCGGCUGCGCUUGGUCCUGCAAUAACUUUGGCCAGACUAUUCUACACAUUGCUGUCCAAGAGAGAAGAUACAGUGUGGUAAAUUAUGUUUCCUCGGAACUGAAGUUCGAACGGAUUUUCAACAUCAGGGAUACCGAUGGAAAUACGGCUCUCCAUAUGGCUGUAUUGCAAGGACAUCAACACAUCUUUUGCCAGCUCAUGCGGAGGAGGGAAGUAUGUUUGAGCUUCACAAACAAGGAGGAGCUUACACCACUUGAUCUUGCACAAUUGAGCAUCCCGCCAAAUAUUUCAUCAACGGCUGCUCCGUAUUUGAUUAUGAACAGCCUCAUAGUUGCCGGAGCUGACUGGGGCACCUACCGACGCGAUCACUGGGCUAGAAACCUGGCAAAACGCGAGGAAGGGAAGGAACCCGAAAGGAUCGGACAUGAUCACUUGGCUAGAAGCAUGGCAAAACAUGAGGAGGAGAAGGAAUCCCAAACGAUCGGCAAGUCCGCUGGCGUGCUGGGCGUCUGCGCGGUGCUCAUCUUGACCGCGGCAUUCGCGGCGCCUUUUGCGGUGGCGCCUUUCUACGAUACUAACAAGGAGAAGAGCAUGGCGAUGCGGUUUGCUUACAGGAUAUUCGCAAUGUCCGACUUCGGCGCAUUCGGAUUCGCCGCGGCAGCCAUAUCUUCCUGCACGUUUGCGGGGUUUCCCUUCCUGGACCGGACCAAACGCUUCUUGUACUUCAGCACCGGAUACCUGUUCCUGCUUUUCGCCGCCAUGUUCAUGAUCCUCGUCUUCAUGGGGGGAGUUUAUCUGGCGGUUCGCCCGGUGGUCGACAGCGCCACCCUCGCCUACGUCUAUCUGCCUGGUGUGCUAUACCCAUCCGCGUUGCUGCUGAUUCGCGCACUGGGUUCCAGACUGCUUCUCCAUAUGUGGGCGCUAACCUUGAGGCUUGGUUACCCGGGGUGGUUCUGCGCCCUGCCUUGCCUGCUCCCUCCGCCGCACCGAGGUCGUGACCAUAUAUAUCGCGCGCUUUAUGUGAGAUGCUCGUCCAGGUUCUUUUUCUUUUUCACAGUGUUCAUUCUUCUGGCGGUGCUUGCACUACUGUUGGCCAAGACGAAUAUACCAGCACGUUAGCUGGUGUGGCACACACCCGCUUAUGAUUGGUGAUCAGAGAGAUCUGUGGCGUCAUUUCAUGCUUCAUGUAACGUGCUUCAAUGAUCAUCUCCUGCUGCAUAAUGUGUCAUUUUCUUAUGCUAGCUAGUUGUUCGCUGCUUGCAAUUUGUAAGUUCGGUCGUGAGUUGUAAGCAAUAAAUUGAUACUUCUAUCUGAAGAUUAUUAACAACCAUUGGAUAUUAUU